GGCGGCAGCCCGGCGCGGGGUAGAGGGCGAACACGGGCGCCGAGACCCCGAGAGCGCCGAGCUCGAGCGGACCGCCUCCUGGUGCUGGCGGCCGGGCCGCGGGAUCCGCUCGCAGCCGGGGCGCCCCGGGCCGAGCACGGGAGGCGGGGUCAGGGCGGGGUCCCGGCGCGGGCGGCGGAUCUGAGCGGGAGCCCCAGAGCCGCCCGUCCCGGCCGCGCCCCGAGCGAGCCUGGGAAAUGCCCGCACCGGGGGAGCGGGCGCGGGCUACCCCGCGGGCCCCGAGGAGACGCUGAAGGUCGCCGGGAAGUGAGCGCCCAGUCACCUGACACCGGGGCGCACCUAGGCGGGGCGGGGUCCAUGCGAGGCGGGCGGCCGGGGGCCGGCGGCGGGCGGCGCGGAGCGCGCGGAGCCGGGCCGACGGGGGCGCGCGGCGGGCGGGCGAGGGCGCGGCCGGGCACCGGCGGCGGCCUCGCCAUGUCCCAGCCGGCGGGGAGGAUGCAUUGCCGGAAGGCGGGGAUCCGCGCCGCCGUGGUGCUCAUCGGACUCCUGCACAAAUCCCGAAAACAGAAUAAAGAGAAAAGGAAGCAGGAGCUGGCCAACAGCUCGGAUGUGCCCCUGCCAGACCGGUCGCUGUCCCCUCCUCUCACGGCACCUCCCACCAUGAAGUCGGCGGAGUUCUUCGAGAUGCUGGAGAAAAUGCAGGGGAUCAAGCUUGAAGAGCAGAAGCCGGGACCCCAGAAGAACAAGGACGACUAUAUCCCGUACCCCAGCAUCGACGAGGUUGUGGAGAAGGGAGGCCCGUACCCCCUGAUCGUCCUGCCCCAGUUUGGGGGCUACUGGAUCGAGGACCCGGAGAACGUGGGCACGCCCACCUCGCUGGGCAGCAGCAUCUGUGAGGAGGAGGAAGAGGACAGCUUCAGCCCCAGCACCUUUGGCUACAAGCUCGAGUGCAAGAGUGAAGCCAGGGCCUACCGCAGGCACUUCCUGGGCAAGGAUCAUCUAAACUUUUACUGCACCGGUAGCAGUUUGGGGAACCUGCUCCUGUCCAUCAAGUGCGAGGAGGUGGAGGGCAUUGAGUACCUUCGGAUUAUUCUCAGGUCCAAAGUGAAGACGGUGCAUGAACGGAUCCCCUUGGCGGGCCUGAGCAAGCUGCCCAGCAUCCCUCAGAUUGCCAAGGCGUUCUGCGAUGACGCAGUGGGACUGAAAUUCAGCCCUGUCCUGUACCCCAAGGCCUCCCACAUGAUUGUGUCCUAUGAUGAGCAUGAUGUCAAGAACACAUUCAAAUUUGGGGUCAUUUAUCAAAAAGCCAAGCAGACCCUGGAGGAGGAGCUGUUUGGGAACAACGAGGAGAGCCCAGCUUUCAGGGAGUUCUUGGACCUGCUGGGGGACACCAUCACCCUGCAGGACUUCAAAGGUUUCCGAGGAGGCCUGGAUGUCACCCACGGACAGACGGGGGUGGAGUCGGUGUACACGAUAUUUCGGGACAGGGAGAUCAUGUUUCACGUCUCCACAAAGCUGCCCUUUACCGAGGGAGACGCCCAGCAGCUCCAGAGAAAGAGACACAUUGGGAAUGACAUUGUGGCCAUCAUCUUCCAAGAGGAAAACACACCGUUUGUCCCAGAUAUGAUUGCCUCCAACUUCCUGCACGCCUACAUCGUGGUGCAGGCCGAGAGCCCGGGCACGGACGCCCCAGCCUACAAGGUCUCAGUCACGGCGCGGGAAGACGUGCCGGCCUUUGGCCCACCUCUGCCCAACCCCCCGGUUUUCCAGAAGGGCCCCGAGUUCAGGGAGUUUCUGCUCACCAAGCUCACCAACGCAGAGAACGCCUGCUGCAAGUCGGACAAGUUCGCGAAACUGGAGGACCGGACGAGGGCCGCCCUCUUGGACAACCUUCACGACGAGCUCCAUGCCCACACACAGGCCAUGCUGGGACUCGGCCCGGAAGAGGACAAGUUUGAGAACGGGGGCCACGGGGGAUUCCUGGAGUCCUUCAAGAGGGCCAUCCGCGUGCGCAGCCACUCCAUGGAGACCAUGGUGACCAGCCAGAAGAAGCCGCACAGCGGGGGCCUCCCCGGCAGCCUCAGCGGGGGCAUCUCCCACAACAGCGUGGAGGUCACCAAGACCACCUUCUCGCCUCCAGUGGCAGCGGCAACUGCCAAGAACCAGUCUCGGAGCCCCAUCAAGCGGCGGUCGGGGCUCUUCCCCCGUCUGCACACGGGCUCUGAAGGCCAAGGGGACAGCCGGACGCGGUGCGACAGUGCAUCCAGCAACCCCAAGACUGUGGACGGCGGGCACUCUUCUCAGGAGAUCAAGUCUGAGACCUCGUCCAACCCCAGCUCUCCGGAGAUCUGCCCCAGCAAGGAGAAGCCCUUCAUGAAGUUGAAGGAGAACGGCCGGGCCAACAUCUCCCGCUCCUCCUCCAGCACCAGCAGCUUCAGCAGCACGGCCGGGGAGGGCGAGGCCAUGGAGGAGUGUGACAGUGGGAGCAGCCAGCCGUCCACAACCUCGCCCUUCAAGCAGGAGGUGUUUGUCUACAGCCCGUCCCCCAGCAGCGAGAGCCCCAGCCUGGGGGCAGCCACCACCCCCAUCAUCAUGAGCCGGAGUCCGACAGAUGCCAAAAGCAGAAAUUCCCCGAGGUCAAACCUGAAAUUCCGCUUUGAUAAGCUCAGCCAUGCGAGCUCCAGUGCGGGUCACUAAUGCGAAAGAGGAGUCCUUCGCCUGUCAAAGGAAAGCCCCGAUUCUGUCUUGGAGAAGGCUCCUAUCCUAGCAGUUUGGGGGUGCCAUUCACUACUCUGACCGUCACCGGCCUGUUGCUCCAUCGGCCACCUGCCCACCAGACCAGCUAUCUGUCCCAGUGCCCCGACCGGCACAGCCCUGCCCGCUCCUUUGCCAAGACACCCUGCGAGCCCCUCCCCAUCUCUGGACAAGGCCUCAUUCCUCCAGGCUCCCCUGCUCCUGACCCCCCAUGUGCUAUGUGUCUGGGUCAUCUGUUACCUUGUUUUUGUCUGCAGCAGCCAGCGUUGGGUGAGCAGGGAUCUGGGUACUGGGGACUCAGAGAGCCGAGAGGCAGAGCCUGGUGGGGUCGGGGGGUGGGGGGAUGGGGGGAUGGGGGGCAGAGGCCCAGAGGGGACUGCGCCUGGGGAGGGGCAGCGCCAGGUCCUGGCAGGCAGGCAUUUUGUGCUGCUGGAGGGAGCACCUUUGCAGGAGCCGAAUCUGUAGCUCCUGGAAGAUGUCCUGGUAGAAGUCGGCUCUGUCGCUCCCAACAUCUGUUUGCUUCUGUGCUAGGAGCUUCUUCCCCAUCUGCUGCCAGCUGCCAGGGCCUUUGUCCCUACUGCCCGGGCAUGGCCGGGUGAAGCUGCGACGGGGCUGGGCACGUGGGAGUGGGCGCCACACUCUUCCUGGCAGCCUCAAUCACACAGGCUCCUGUGUGGUUGCUGUGGGCGAGGCCGGAGCCAGUCUCUCUCUUUGAGCAGAUGCUUUUCCCACGAAGGGCUGGGCGCCAGGAGAGGAGGAGCUGGGAGGGAGCGAGGCAGCGAACGCCUGGGCCUUGGCUGGAGACCCUGAGACCCAGGCCAGGAUCCCUGUCCCGCUGGUGGCGGAGGCUCGUAGGUUUGUGGGGAGUCGCUGCAACCCACCUCUUGGUGAGAGCGGGGAGGUGAGGUGAGAGGACUCAGGUGUGGUCAGGCCUUGGUCUGGGUGGAGAGCUCAGGUGAGGGGAAGGGGUGGCCUCCUUCUGCGUUUAUGUUCUGGCAUCUGUGGGAGACCCAGUGCUGCCUGGGGGCUGUGCCCUUUGGCUCUGUCGGGCUCGAUCCCACCCUUUUGUGCCGCCCCCCCAGUCUCCUCUUCGCCUUCCCCGCUGUGGGGCUACAGGCAGCUGUCACAUCGGUGGGAUUCCUGCAGCCUGGGCCCCAGCUGGUGCAGUUGAGACACCUUCUGCCAGGGCCCCUCAGCCAGAGCCACCUCCCCGGGGAAGAGCCGGCGCAAUACUCUUCCUCGCGGCUCUCUGUGGGCAGCCCCCUCCUGGCUGCUCACCACCCCCUGAGUCUUCGUGUGGUUUCUGGGUGUCCUCCAGGUACAGCGGAGUCUGAAGAGCAGACCCUGGAGGUGCUGCGGUUCCAGGUGCACCUGGGCCCUCACGGGCGGAUGACAAGGUUUCCAACCCGACGCUCUAUCUGCAGCGGGUCUGGGCUGAUUCCCGAGUCGAGGCAUAGAAACGUUACCCCAGCUGUUGUGACGUUUCCCCAUUGCUGUAGCAAGGAGAGCCGAACCUCGGGCCCUCGUCCCCCACUCACGUGGACCCCGGGGGAUCCUGUCUGCAGGCUGGUGGGCCUCUCCCCUCACACUGUCUGGGAAACGUGUUUACUUCAAGGCCUAGCCCUGUAGAAUGUAUUCUAGUUAGGAGGUCAACACGUGUCUGGGUAGAGGGAUUAAACGUUCCUGCAGCAGCACUUGCUGCUGCGACGAGGCCGGCAGGUCCUGGCAGCGUCCUGUCGGCUGGGUUCCUGAAGGAACUUGGAAGGUCGAACUGCAUUUCUUUAAAAACAACCCCAGGCUUCUGGCUUGCUUCUCUGGAGAGCUGGUGUUUGCAGCUGCUGGGUGGUGGUGCUGUGUUCGUGGUCUGGGGGGUCCUCUGGGAUUUCCAGGUGGUCCCCACUCUGUUCCGCUUGGGAACCUCAUACCCACCUUCCCCCUCUGCUUGCCCCCCCCCCACCCUCCUGUAGCCCCCGCCUCCAGGGAAGGACUUGUUCCUGCCUCUGAGCCCGUGGCCAGGGUGGCCGGGCAGGUCCUGGAAACCGAGAGGCACAGGUCUGCCCCAAGAAUCGCAGGCCUGAGCAGUGGGCCUGCCCUCUGCUAACGGGGAUGCCUGGGAAGGAUCUGAAAGGUCCCUCCCUCUGUGUCUGCAUCACCAUCUUGGACAAGUCCAUCCUGUAGCUUCCAAAAUGUACAUGGCCAGGGCCGAGGGGGAGAGGAGAGGAGAAGCAGGACCCGCAGUCCCCUCACCCCCCCCCCCCGCCACCCCCCCCACCCUCGGGGCCACGGGGGAGGCAGCCCAUGUGCCUGGACAGUCUCCUUGCAUCUGCUCUGGCCUCGGAUGUCUUUCCUGUUAUUGCUGUGCCCGUCUUGGGGCUCAUAGAUGUGCUGAAGCCUCCUGGGUCCUUGUGACUGGACUCGUCCCAAUGGUGCUCCCGCUGGUACCCCAGGGGCCUGUGUGUGGCCCCCCCGGACACAGGAGAAGUGUUUCCCGCUCACUCGCGCCUCUGGCUGCGGGAACUGCCUGACUCACGGAAGAACUGCCUAUCGGCUCUGUAGGCACCCAGCUGCCUCUGCUCAGAUGAUGCUUAAAAACGGAGGCAGGAGGAGCUUCUGAGAGGUCUCAGCUGGAGUUUCUGACACGAAUGGAACCCGGUGUUUCUGGAAAAGGAUUCUGUGGUUCAGCCUUGUCAGGGGCAUCUUGCUGUCCACGCCUCCCGGGCUGCUUUGAGCAUCGGAUGCAGCCCAGGCCACUGUCCAGGGGAGAAGCUCCGCCCCCGAGAGGGGCCUGACUUGCUUGAGGUCACCUCACCGGCCAGCGGCCAGCGGCAAAGCUGGGCCCUUUCCCGGCACCGCCUACGCGGCUGCUCAGCCAGUGGCUGCGUGUGCUGGGCCCCGAGUUGUGGAAGCCGGUGAGCUGGGGCCUGGGCACCGGCUGGGAGGUGCGAGCCGCCCAGGGUGCUGGUGGCUGUUCAUCGGGAGGGAUGUCCUCUGGGACUUUUCAGCGAGGGCCCGGGGCUCUGGGUGCAGCUCUGGGCCCCGGAGACGCGGCGGGAAAGAGAUUUCAGUGGCUUGGUCCUCAGUGACAUCGGCCCUUCAGCUCCGGUGUGUGAGGGGGGACGCAGUGAUCCGAACCUCAGUUUCCCCUUUUUAAGUUAAGGAAAGUGUAAAAGAAAACGCUUUGAUUCUCCCUGAUCCUUAAAGCACGGUGGUUAGUGGAAACGUAGACGCAGGGGACCAGGCGGGCGGGAGGGAGCCUGUUUGGGUUUCUCGCCCUGAUGGUUUAAGGGGCCAACGCAAACACUACCUUCUUCAUUCAGUCGUGAGGCGCCAGUGGCAGGUCUGUGGUGGGGGGAUGGUUGGGGUUCAGGCAGAUCUGAGGGCUGCAGGUGUCUGGCAGGGACCUGGCCGCUCAGGACCCCACGGCUCCUCCCAGCCUCUGGCUACCCCUCCCUCAAGGGCCAGGGUGGGCCAGUGGGGUUUGCCCCGCCUGCCCCGCAGCCUGCCAGGGGCGGUUGGGGCAUUCUCUACAAGCUCUGAUACCUGUUUCAUCACGAGCCCCUUGCCCCACCCAAACCCACGGGUCCCCCCUUUUCGCUGGGCCAGGGGCCCCUGGGGAGGGGAAGGAGACAGCCCCCAGCAGGGCCAACCAAUGACGGGGAGCCCUGCCUAGGGAGGUGCUGGGGCAGGGCUCUGCUCUGUGCCUUACCAGCCCCGGGGAGAGGGUGUUUGGCGGGAAGACUGGAACUUCAACGCUAUUGUCUUUGAUCUUGUGACAUUCCGCUGGGAAGGCUCAGCCCCCCGCCGCCCCCCCUCGCCGCUCCUUCCUUCGCAUGUGCGCCAGCGCUCCCUGUCAUGCGCGCCCCUUCCACCCGCGUGAGCGCCUCCUCCGGGCGCAGAGCCCACGGGGUGCAGCGUGGACCCGAGGACCCACGUGGUGGUGACUUCCCUUCCUGCCCUCUUCGUGGGGGGGGGGGGGCUUGUGGACCCUGACUGCCUAUGUCAUGUAAAUAGUGUACAUUUAAUUUAUUGCUAUGGUAGCACAUUGUAUUUGUUAAUGUAUAAAACAAAUUCUAAAAGGUUGACAAAUGUAUAUUUUGUUGCUUAAAUGUGUCUUUGCAGAAAUUGACAAUAAAUAACAUAUUUUGUGUC